UUGCCGCCUGCUUAACCCAACCAAAUAGUCCUAUAUUUCCAUUUGAAAAGUCUGUUGAAGUCACAACUCGAAUAAACAUUCAACAAUUCUGAAAAUUCUUGCAGAAAUUCAUCUCUUGUAGCUGAAAAUGGUUCUUGUGUGUUUUUCUUCUUCGUGGGGUUGAAAAAAAAAAGGAUUUUUAAGCUGACCCAGAUAAGUUUCUUGAUUUCUCUGUUGAUAAAUAUUGUUUUUUUCUGUUUUUAGAGAAGUUUUUUUGUUGUUCUUCUUUGUGGGCUUGAAAAAAUAGGAUUUUUAAGCUGACCCGGAUAAGUUUCUUGAUUUCUCUGUUGAUAAAUAUGGGUUUUUGUGCUUUUAGAAAAAGUUUUAAACUUUUCAGAUGGUGGGGUUUUCUCAGGCCCUUUUCUGUUAUGUUGAUUGUAGUUGUAAUGGUGGGUGUUUUACUAAUGGUACAAACAAAAAUGAAGGAUUUGAUACAGAAAAAUCGAGUUUUUGUUCAGUUUGAUGUUCAAGAGAAAGUGGAAAUGAAGAAUCUUGAACCAAUGAAGGUGCAAAAUAGGUCUAAUAAAGGUGAAAUUUUGUCAACUAGUUAUAGUCCAUAUCAUGAUUGGGAGUUAUUUGCUGCUGAUUAUGAAGAAAUGAUGAAAACCUUUAAGAUAUUUGUGUAUCCUGAUGCUUUUAUGACCAACAAGUUUUCGACUUUUUCGAGUAUUUUUCUUCCACAUACAAACCCCUUUGAUCCAAAAUUGGGAAAUUACUUUAGUGAACACAUGUUCAAGAUUGCUCUUUUGGGUAGUCCCUUUGUUACUCAGAAUCCAAAAGAGGCUCAUUUUUACUUUAUGCCCUUUUCGAUCAACGUUAUGCGAAAUCACCCUCGCGUGCAUUCUGCAUCCGCGAUUGAAGAUUUUGUUGCUGGAUAUACUGAUAGAGUUAGAUCAGAGUUUAAAUUUUGGAAUGCAUCUGGUGGUGCUGAUCAUUUUUAUGUGUACUGUCAUUCUAUUGGUCGAGAUGCUGCCUCUAAGCAUCAAGAAUUGCAUCAUAACUCAAUUCAGGUUACUUGUUCGUCCAGCUACUUUCAGAGGCUAUACAUUGCCCACAAAGACAUCGGGUUGCCUCAAGUUUGGCCUCGCCAACAUGAGGAAGUGUUGAACUCUCCAGAUGUGAGAUACAAGCUUGUGUUCUUUGCUGGUCGCGUCCAAAAUUCUCUUGCAAGACGAGAUUUAUUGGAGCUAUGGAAGAACGAUAGCUCCUUUGAUAUAUUCUCGGGGAGUUCAUCUUUCCCUUACAAGGAAGGAUUUCGGAGAAGUAGAUACUGCCUCCACGUCAAAGGUUACGAGGUGAAUACAGCUAGAGUCAGUGAUGCUAUUCAGCAUGGUUGUGUCCCUGUACUAAUUUCGAACUACUAUGAUCUUCCAUUAGCCAACAUAUUCGAUUGGAGCAAGUUCUCAAUUAUUGUUAAUGAAAGAGAUGUUCCACACUUGAAGAAGAUAUUGCUCUCUGUGCCUGAACGAACGUACCUCAACAUGUAUAAGAACCUAGGCAUCGUGAGAAGGCACUUCGCGUGGUAUAGUAGCCCGAAAAAAUACGAUUCCUUCCAUAUGACAGUAUACCAACUUUGGCUCAAAAGGGGACUACAUCGAAUCGAUUGGUGAUAUCUACUAUUUGAAACCAGUAUCUGAUUUCACCUUAGAUGACAUCUUGCAAUGUGUGUUUUAUCAUCUUAUAAUUAACUUAUGUGAUUUUGCUAGAUGUUAUCUAAAGGGGCAUAGGGGUUGUAUUUUGCUAGAUGUAGCUGUAAAUAUUUUGACGUCACAGAACAGUCUUAACAUAGUAGAAGGGUGGAGAGAAAGGGGUCGGGUCCAAUGUGUGUGUUUAACAAUUUAUCAAAAACAAUCUAUCUAUUCUCACAUACAUCCUAUCUGAACGUAGGAUAUUUUAUUAGAUCACACUCUAAUUUGUUAUUGUUCGUCUUUUAAGACUACCCAAGAACAAUAUGUUGAUAAUGUAGUGCAAGGGUUCGAAAGCUUUGACAU